CUGCUUGUAUCCACCUACCCCUCAGCUGCUCUGUCACUUGAAAAGAAAGUGCAAAGGAGGUGUUUCCCUCCAUUGGCUCAUCUUCACUGUACCUCUCCCAUUCUGCUUCCUCCUCCUUAUAAUCCCCAAGUGAAGAUGAGGAGCCUGCUGCGAAUAUGACGUCUGUGACUAGUGUCAUUGCCUCCCACCAGUCUGAGUGGGUGUCCUUCAAUGAUGACCUGAUCCUCCCUGUUAGCCCACGAGGUAGCACUGAGGAGCCUCUGGAGAAAUGUUUUAAUUCCUCAGACACCUCUCCAGAAGAGAACCAAAAGGCAGAUGGAGAAUUUAAAGACCUUUUCUGCACAGAGUUGGAAGAGGCAGCUGACCAAACCAAGGUGGAUUCUGCUGCGCUUGGUAACCGUGUGUGUCCUAGCACUGAUCUGUCAUCAUCCAUCAGUGCUUGGGUUCAGUUUGAAGACGUCUCAUGGACUAGAGCUUCAUCAACCCACCCACAAACAGUGUCUGCAUCAAAAGUACCUAGCUGGACCUCCCCCUCUUCCAACUCUUCUGAGAGGCAAGCCCAUGCCUCAGAGAGCAGCUGGACAACCAACUCAGAGGACACCAGCAGCCCAAGCAUUGCUCCCUCCUACACAGAUCUGCAGUCAAUUAAUACUGAGGACUUGACCAGUGGUAGAACAUCUGCAGCAGAUUCAGCUGACAAUUCCUCGUCUCUCCAGGAAGAUGAAGAGAUAGAUAUGGAGGCUGUCAACUGGCAGCUGAACAACACCUCUGUGAAUGGGCAUUCGUCUACCCCAACCACAGUCCGCUUUCCCAGCUGGGUGACUUUUGAUGACAAUGAAGUCAGUUUUUCACCUCAGAACCUUUCUCCCUUGAAAACAAAUACCCCGUCUGCAGAAACACAGGGUCCAGAUGUUAACUUUAACCUCACUACAUCCUUGAAGAAAAGGGAACGUCCUAAAAGCACAUUGGGGGACCUCUCUAAAAUUCAAAAACUAGAUCUCUCCUCCCUAACCAAGUUGCCUUCUGUUGAAACACCACCAUGGAGUGCUACUAAUCCCUUUCUGGAUGAAUCUCUGCGAGAUGUCCAACCCUCACCCAUCAAUCCAUUCAGCUCCUUCUUUGAGGAGCGAGAGAGGCGUUCCAAAAGCUCUUCUGUCUCCAGUGCUCCAGGCAAAAGCCAAAGAGACUCUCUCAUUAUUCUCCAUCAAGAGCCUGAUACCAUCAGUUUCCAUGAGGCAAACAAAAGUCUAACCCACACAGAUGCUGUAGAGCAGCUCAAACAACUCCAGAUUGGAGACCCAGAUCAUGUGAGCAGUUCUACUUUGCCUGAUGAUGACCCCAUGAUGCCAUAUGAUCUGGAUGCAGCUAUAUUUAACCUGGCACCAGCUCAGCCAAAGGACGGAUGGCCAAUGAUGCUCAGGAUCCCAGAGAAGAAGAAUAUUAUGUCAUCCAGGCACUGGGGACCAAUAUAUGUCAAGCUGACCAACAGUGGAUGUAUACAGCUUUUUUAUGAGAAGGGGCUAGAGAAACCUUUCCGAGAACUCAAACUGGAAAUCAAUCAUGAGAUUUCAGAGCGCAAACUCCAGAACUACGACGAGAAUGGAAGGAUACACAGUGUGCGGUUGGAUCGCACAACAUACAAGGAGAAAAAGAAGUAUCAGCCUAAACCAGCCAUUGCACACACAGCAGAGAGAGAGCAAAUUAUCAAGCUUGGGACUACAGAUUAUGAAGACUUCCUUAGCUUCAUCACUGCUGUGCAAGACACGCUGAUGAACUUGCCAGCUUCAUCAACAGAUCUGAGCACAGUGGGACUGAACUAUCAAGAAGAAGAAAUCACUGUUGAUGUCAGGGAUGAGUUUCAUGGCAUAUUGGCCAAGGGAGACAGUGCGAUUCUCCAGCACUGUGUGCUGACCCAUAUCUAUGUUCUCAGCUUCCUUUCUGGCCUGGCAGAGUGCAGGCUGGGCCUUAAUGAUAUCCUGAUCAAAGGGAAUGAAAUAGUUGCAAGGCAGGAUAUUAUGCCCACUACUACCACUAAGUGGAUUAAAUUGUACAGCUGUCAGUUCCAUUCAUGUGUGGAUGAGGAUAUGUUUAAUAACUCCCGUAUUAUCCUGUUCAACCCUUUGGAUGCCUGCCGGUUUGAACUGAUGCGAUUCAGAACUGUCUUUGCUGAGAAAACUUUGCCUUUUACUCUGAGGACAGCUGCCAGCAUCAAUGGUGCUGAGGUGGAGGUGCAGAGCUGGCUGAUGAUGUCCACUGGAUUCUCUUCCAAUCAUGACCCUUUAACUCAGGUCCCUUGUGAAAACGUGAUGAUCCGCUACCCAGUGCCAAAUGAGUGGGUGAAGAACUUCCGCAGGGAGAGUGUCCUGGGGGAGAAAUCUUUGAAAGCCAAGGUGAACAAGGGAGCCACUUUCGGAUCAACUGGUCUGUCUGGUUCUGAGCCAGUAAUGAGAGUAACUUUGGGAACUGCCAAAUAUGAGCACGCCUUUCAUUCCAUUGUAUGGAGGAUAAACCGACUGCCUGACAAAAACUCAGCUUCUGGCCAUCCUCACUGCUUCUUCUGUCACUUAGAGCUUGGCUCUGACCGGGAAGUGCCUUCCAGUUUUGUCCGCUAUGUAGAUGUGGAAUUUGACAUGCCCACUACUUCUGCAUCCAAAGCUGCUGUUCGGUCCAUCUCUGUUGAGGACAAGACCGAUGUGAGGAAGUGGGUCAACUAUUCAGCACACUACAGUUACAAGGUUGAAAUAGAGCAGAAAAAAAGCUUGAAUGAGGAUCUGAAGGGAGAAAAUACAGCAAAUGUCAAUGAAUGUGCUACGCAGUGAAGGAAGAUCGGUCUGCAAGUCCCAAGAGGAAUGGUCAAACUAACAGACCUGAAAGAAAGGACUUGCAGGAUUUGGGUAUUUUUCUGUUAAAUUAUAGAGUACUACUUUUAAAAUAAUACUCUGAAGAGUAUUAAUUUUUGCUGUGUGAUGAUCCAUACUUUGAGAAGAAGCUCAUCAGCGGUUUGUUUGGAGCAGACCCUUGGGCUUUUUCUGGAAGGAUACAAGUACAGUUGUAGAGUCAAGCCUGCCUUUUCUGCCUCUUCACCAUCUACGUUCUGCACUGAAGUAUGGUCUGGCAACCAUCACAGCCACACCAGAAAGCAGCCUUUAUCUCACUUACAAUCUUGCCCUCCUACAUUAAGCAUUUUAUUUAUAUGCCUUUUGGUUUGGUCAUUGACUGAAUCACUUCCUUCUGAACUGCCAAAAUAAAAUCCAGGUAACAUCAAGUGAAAGAUUAUAUAAAAUCUCCUUUUCAGAGUGGUCAACAGAGUGAAAACCCUGAGCAUCAUUCUGGAGAAUCAACACACUCUGCAACAUAAACAUAGAGAAUGAUCUCUGUGUUUAAGCUGACGAACUACAGACAGGACAGACAAUUACGUAGCUGUUCUUCUGUUCACCCCUUCCUGUCUCAUCCCCCAAAAUGACGUCAUUGUGCACAUUUUCGUGGGGUCUGCACAAGUUACAAGAAAGCCUCUGCAAUUUCUUGAAAUUUUUAUUUUUUUAUUCUGAGCUGUUCUGGUAUCUUGACUGAACGUGGUUAUGGCUGCUAGCAACAGGGAAUGUGUGUUAUAAUAGAGGAGAUACAGGAGAGACUUUGCUAAGAUUAGCUCAUUCCUGCCUAGAAAGAUAUUUAAGGGAAAAACAUGGGGGGUUAGUUUUGGGUUUGGGGGGGGUUUAUAUAUUUUCUUGGAUGGGUAAGGUGGGUGGUUAUUGAAAAUGUCAUAACACAAUUACUUUAAGAGACAAUGUUGUUUGCUCUUCUGAAAAUCCUUGGAAGUCCAUGCAGCGCAAUAUUAUUUUCAUGUUCUUUCUUGAACCUACAAUAUAAGUAACUUGUAUCUUCAUAAUACUCCCAUUAACUGGGCCCCAAAAUCUUUUCCAAAAAAUAACAACAUGCUUCUAUUACGGAGAUUUUUUUAAUCUCCACUUUGGCUGGAAGUAACAGCAAGUCUUAAAACUUCUUUCUAAAUAAAAAUGCAGAAGACAUAAAUCACUCACAUAUAUUUUCAGAGAAAACAGUGUUAAAAGUACCCAUUUUUAGUUGUUUCUAUGGCUUGUGUAAUAUUUUGUCUUGUAAUUUUAAAUGUAAAAAAAAUAAUUUAUUAAAUCAUUUGUCUUUUGAAAGGUUACUACUGACUUUAAAAUACAUAUUUGGAAAGCCUUGGUAAUGUAAUUUAAAAUCAUAGUGAAUUAAAACGAAAGCUUUUUUAUAAAUUUAUUUUAUAUUACAAUGAGUAUAACAAAAAUUAAUACACUCUUGAUUUAAUACUUUCACAAUGACUACUAUGAAAAUUACUACAAUGUUAAAAUCCCAAAUAAAACAUGAGAUUAAUUACAUUGAGUCUGAAACUGGUAGUUGUAGAAUUUAAAACAAAUUAUAGGGAACUUAUAAAUGCCUUUUUAUAUGAACCUAAAUUUCAAGCCUAUAUCAUCCUAGUGAUACAUACUUAACACAGGUACACCACUGUAAAUAUGUAAAAUCUCAGUCCUUCUAGGUUUUCUUAAUAAACAUGUGAUACUCUGUUGCAGGUAGCCCUCAUCAAGCUGCUCAGAGCACACCAGUUAGUACUAAGCAUUUGCAACAUCCUUCUGUAAAUGGAAGAAUGCUAUUAAAUUUUAUGAGGAAUUUUGAGAUCAGUGGAUUAAAAUUACUGAUAUUAUUAAAUGAUUCAGCCCCAAGGGCUGAAUUUGUGACUGAUUGUCAGCUCUGUUACAGGCUGGCUGUGAUAAGUUGCAUGGCAACUCCUCUAAAAAAUUCAUUCUUCUGUUCAAAGGCAGUCAAAGAACUUCUGGGUACUUUUCCUGUUUUUUCACUACAGCUCCUAGUGUACAGUUUCUGAAAUCCCACCAGCAAGAAAUCCAAGAAAACCAAGCUGAAGGAGUGCUGAGAUGUUACUGAGGAAGUGUGAGAAUGUCUUGUGAAAGAAAUGGUUGGGAGAUUUCCUACUCUGACCUGUAGGCUCAGUGUCUUAAUUUUUGCCUAUUGCCCCCCAGCCCAUGGACACACAGAUAGGUAAUACAAAUAAAUUUAUGUUGUACUCUUUAAGGAGGGAAGAAAAUAAAAGGAAUAUCAUUUUCCAUCUCUGUUGAAUUCUUAAGCCAUUCAGCCUCUGUCAUAUUUAAGCCACAGAAUACUUCAUGCCCCAGAAACUGAAAGAUAAACAUACUGGAGGUUUCUGGAUUUACUUCAUUUUUCUACCAGUUUAUCAUUGAUUCUUUUUUUAAAAUUCAGAAUCAAUGAAUGAAAGAAAGAGUAUGGACCUGAAUUUAAUCUUUCUUUUGUAGUUAGUUGUACACUGAAGUAUCUCUUCCAAUCCUCAUGGAGCUAAGCAGGCAAAACUGGAAAAGUGUUCUGGUUUAUAUGAAAGUCAUUUUAAUCCAUUCUGAUCUCCAAAGAGCGUUUUUUGGAUGUUUCUCCCAUUGAGUUUUCAAGAGUUUAGCAUGAAUACCACAGACAGAGUUUCAAAAGACCUUAUUUCCUGUUAAAAGACAGGAGUUAGUUGUUUGAUUUUUAAAAAAAACGCUCACAACCAAAACCUUUAGAAAAUCUAGCAUUGGUGUCACCAGUUCAGCACCAUUAUGAGCACUGAGCAUUUGAACACUGGGAUCCUAAGUGCCCUUAAUGAGGCUUCCACUGUUCUUUAUUGAUUAAACUGUGCCAAUUUUUCAGUGGUGGACACUGUCAUGCAUGAACUUUAUGUCCAUGAACCAUAUACUCUUCAUCCAUAGGAGUAUAGUAUUAAUCUGAACAGACUGUUGAUGGGAGUGAGGGACAAGAUCUGAGCUAUGUGAGUUUUGAGAGUAGCUGAAAUUAUUUAGAGAUAAGCUAAGUGGGGAUGAUUUUUCUUUUUUUUUUUUUUUUAAAUCUUGCAGAAAAAUCUCUGACUAGUUUCAGAUUAAUACUUCUUUUGAGAAAAAUGCAAUCACUGUCCUUUGGUUUAUUUGAAAGCUUUGUAGUACUCAGACACUCCAUGCAGGAAAUGUGCCUUCAAGGUAAGCAUACAUUUACUCCCUGAAGGUAUUCUUACUUUCAGCCCUCUUUCUAUUUCUCAUUAUUGUUUUGUUUAAUUUUUGUACUGUGGUAAGACUUGAGCUAUUGUAUGGAAUUUUGCCUAGAAAAAUAAAGUGUCUUUGACCACAAGAGGUAAAGAUGAACAACAUCUCAGGGCAGCUGAGUGUAUUUUAGUUAAUGCCUCUUGCAUUUAUUAACUAUGGACACUCUGCUAGGAAAGGAAAAUGUGUAAAUUCAGAUGAUAAAUACUAUAACUGACUUCUGUUAUUUUUGUUCUAGUUUUUAUUUAGACUCGAAUUUAGUUAUCCUAUGAAGGAGACAGAUAUAACUGUAUCAUCAGAAACAUUGCAUAAAUAAUUUUCCUUUUCUGGUGGGUUACUGGCUGACAUUUUUAAUCAAUAAGACCUGUUGGUCUCUCUGUCCACAUUAUUUAGUAGCUGCUAAAAGUCCCUCUUGAACAUUGACCUUCCAGGAUAGAGAGCAAUUGCAUGUAAAAGAGCAAAGGAAAAGGUGUACAAAGUUCAGCCUGGAGGUACUUACUCUGUUGCCUGCAUAAAAUUUUCGGUAAUUCCUUGGCCCUUGAGUGCAGUAAUCAAGCCCCUGAUAAGUCACCUUUGUUCCAGAUAGUGAAAAAUUCCUUUCAGUGACUCUUAGCAGUUGGUGUUUAUAGCUAUAUUCAUCUCCAGAACUGGCCAGGGCAAGAAUUUGCAGCACACAAGAGAUCACUUAUGGAUCAAGUACUUACCAUCUUCUGCCACUAAAGUUAAAUCUACAUCAUGACAUGUCUGAGACACAAAAUUCUGUGUGUAACAGGCACAACUGUUCCUAAUCUUCCUGUUUUAUUUAGCCAGCUAGCCACUCACACAUCCAUCCAUUCAUCCUCCCAUCCGUCCUACCGUCCCUCCCUCUCUCUCUCUCUCUCUCAUACUUGCAAUUCAUUCUUUGCACUAUUGACAUUGAUUGGCUUGAUUAUUAUUUUGUAACAUGUUCCUUCCUUUUUGUUUUGUAAAAUAAGUAAGUCUAUACACUGGCUAACUUCGUAGAAGUGGUUUAUUUUUUUUUGUCUUUUUAUUUUAUCAGUUGAAAUGGGAUGUUGUUUUGUUUAAACUAUGUGAAAACUUAAAUAAAUGUUAAGAUGAAACAGCA